UCACGGCAUGAUAGUUGUUCAGCAUUAAUCAAAAUUUUACCAGAUAAUAAGGAUAUAUUUGUAUCACAUGCUACUUGGGAUGAUUAUAGCUCAAUGUUAAAAGUAUUCAAACGUUACACAAUGCCAUUGAAACGAACACCAGCUGCCAACAGUGUCAUUAUUCCAGGUUCUGAUAUAAUUUUUUCAUCUUAUCCAGGAACACUUCACUCAAUUGAUGAUUUUUAUAUGACGGGCCCAGCAAAUUUAACAGUAAUUGAAACAACCAUUGAUAAUUAUAAUGAAGAUUUAUAUCGUAACAUUAAUCCAAUAUCUGUCCCCGAAUGGAUGCGAGUCGUAGUUGCUAAUCGUCUAGCUACUUCUGGUAAAGAAUGGGUCGACAAAUUUUUCAUUUUCAAUGAUGCAACAUAUAAUAAUGAAUGGAUGAUUACGGACUUUAAACAAUUUACACCAGGAACACCGCCAAAACCUGGAUUUUUAACAGUUGCCGAACAAAUGACUACCUAUUAUGAAUUAGCAGAUAUGACAGAAAUGUUAAAUAAUAAGAGUUAUUGGGCAUCAUACAAUAAUAUUUAUUUUCCAGAUUUUCGUAAUAUAUCCGGUGAAGAAGCAAUGGUUAAGGAAAAAGGUCCAGCAUUAUAUUCGUGGCAAAAUUCAUCACGUGCAAAAAUAUUUCGACGUGAUCAUGAUAAAGUUAUCGAUCUUCCAACUAUGAUUCAUAUGAUGAGAUAUAAUGAUUUUAAACAUGAUGAGUUAUCGAAAUGUAAUUGUACUCCACCAUAUUCAGCGGUAUUAACAAUUGCUGCACGCUGUGAUCUCAAUGAUAUCAAUGGAACAUAUCCAGAUGAACUAUUAGGACAUCGUUGUGGUGGUGCUACAGAUGCUAAAAUUACUAGCUACGAAUUAAUGCAACAUUUUUCACUUGUUGCUGUUGCUGGUCCAACAACGGAUCAACAAAUACCAUUUAUUUGGAGUCAAUCAGAUUGUGAUAAACACGUAGCGCAUAUUGGUCAUCCAGAUAAAUGGAAUUUUACACCAUUUACACCAACAUGGAUAUUAUCGUAA